AUGGCGCAGCGCGUUCCUGGCGGCCCCAUGCCGACGCUUACGCGCACGGUACAGCGCCAGGAGGCGGGCGCGACACCGCUCGAGGCAUGCGGUCUACGAGAUGGCGCGCUGGUGACCGUCGUCGGUGCCAAGGACGACGAAAUUAACGCGAUCCACGAGCAAGAGUCGGCGUGGGCGAGGCGCAAUGCGCCUCGCCAGCUGCACCCGAGCCUCUUGCGCGGAGCCAAGCCGCGGUCGACUGCGACGCCCGCACCCCGCCGCGUCUUUGGACAGUGCGUGGUGCACCCGAAUACCCCCUCGCACGACAGAUUUAACGGGCUGGUUCUGCGCUACUUGGAACGGCUCGCAAGCGACCCUGCUGUGCUGCAUGUGUGUCGUACGCACGGCUACGAGGUCGGGACGCUGACAGAGCUGCUGCCGCACGAGCACCCCAACCUCUUGGGCCUGAACGAGAACAAAGGUCAGCGCAUUCUCUUGCGCAUCCGUACCGACGCUGCCGAUGGUACGCGCGACUACAAAACGACACGGCGCGUGCUCAUGCACGAGCUGGCGCACAACGAGAUUUCCGAGCAUCCCCCUGAAUUCAAGAUCCUCAACAGCAAGCUGAAUGCCGAGGUCGACGCUUACGAGCGCGCCGAGCUCCACGGCACGCACCGGCUGCACGAUGGCCCGGCGUACGAGCGGGUGGAGCAAGUCCAGCAAGGCGGAUCGUAUACCCUGUCUGGCGGCACGUCGCGUGCCCCUCCCCCCUCGGAGCAGCUCGAAGAGCGGCGAGCGCGCAUUCUCCGUGCCACCGAGACGCGCCUCGCGCUGCUCGACCAGGAAAUCAAUGCCAAGUGCGGCGACGCUGCCGACGCCCCGCCGUCUGUGCACGAGGCGCAAAACCAAAAAUAG